UACUUUAGGAUUCGUGAAAUAUUCGAUCACUGACGUUUGCUGUUGACCUUAUUUCACGCUGUCACGAGAACGAGGUGCUUUAAACCCAAUGCGCGGUGCAGCCUUCAGUCGAUCAGCAGCUGUGGGCACACAGGCUCAUUCUUUAAUUUAAAAACAUGGCGAAAAUACUCAUUUUGGGCGCAGUAGGUGCAGCCACAGGAAUCGCUGCAGUCCCGUUGGCCGUGGGAGUCUUGGGUUUCACAGCAGCCGGCAUUACCGCGGGAUCAGUGGCGGCCUCUCUCAUGUCCUCAAGCGCUGUUGCAGGUGGCGGGGCGGUCGCCGCUGGCAGUGCAGUUGCAGUGAUGCAGUCCAUCGGGGCCGCUGGCUUAUCGGUGGCUGGCACAGGGGUGGCUGGUACGGUUGGAGCAGUCGCCGGGACCCUGUUUGCGCUCCUCUGAAGGGAGAACAAGGCUCUUAAUAAAACAUAAAACUGUUAAUCCAUAGUACAGGUUACAAUGCCUUCCUGAUCCCAAAUAAAAGCAGCAUUACAAAC